AGCGCAGAUCUACGCAGGCGCAACGCGGAGGCGGGUGGGCGGAGCAGAUCGCGAUGAGUGGCGGAGGGACGGAGACUCCUGUGGGUAGUGAGGCCACCCCGGGCGGCGGCGACAAGAAGAAAGAUUCGCUGGGAACCGUGGGCUCGCCAGCGCAUCUCAUUAUCAAGGACCUUGGAGAAAUUCAUUCAAGGCUUUUAGAUCACAGACCAGUUAUUCAAGGCGAAACCCGUUAUUUUGUGAAAGAAUUUGAAGAAAAACGUGGUCUUCGAGAAAUGCGAGUUCUUGAAAAUUUGAAGAAUAUGAUCCAUGAAACAAAUGAACAUACUCUUCCCAAAUGUAGAGAAAUCAUGCAGGACAACUUAAACCACGUUCUCCAGAGAUUGCAAGCAGCUUCUGACUCAGUCUGUAGACUCCAACAGAGGGAGCAGGAACGAAAGAAGAUUCUUAAUGACCAUUUAAUAGCUAGUGAAAAACAGCAUAUAACCCAGUGGGAAGAUUUCAUGAAAGAACAACACAGCAGACAGGCUGAAGUGGAUGAAGAACACAGAAAAGCCAUGGAGAGGCUUAAAGAACAGUAUGCCGAGAUGGAGAAGGACCUAGCGAAAUUUUCAACCUUUUAAGAACUUUAACCACAACAGUGACAAUUUAGUAAGAGAACAUUGACUUCCCCCAAAAAACUGUGCCCACCAAACCAUUUAGCCUCUGCUUCAAGCUUAGCAAUAUAUUCAGUGGCACUCUUACAUCAGAAGAAAGUUCCACUGGAGUCUUAAUGAAGUGUCUAAUAGAAGAAGAGUGCCACAACUUUCCAGUUUUAAGUGCCUACAUAUGACUAUUUGAAUGGGGAGGAUAGGAGGGAAAAAAUGGGAUAAAUUUGCUUUUUGUUAAUCAGCAUUGGGUGUCUUUUCAGUUGAUUAUCUCAGAGAACUGUAGGUAUAGACUUAGAAAAAUAAUUUAAUUCAUUCCCAUAUUGGGUUAGUUAUUGUGGCUUAGACGGCAGAUAGAAUAGCUACCUGUCAUAACGUCCUUGGCUAUUGGAAGAAUGUAUACAGUAUUAUUCCAUGGGUAAUGUGGACAAAGACAACUGUCUUUGGAGCAGUGAUCCCAUUUAAGAGAGGUGAGAGUCAAAAUCUUUUCUCUACUGAGGCAAAGAUGGCCACAUUGGUCUUUGAGCCGCCCAUUGGGAAGGGUUGCAGGUUUUACAGGACAGCAUGAUGCCACGUGUUUCACUGAAUGACAAAACACACUUGUGAAGUGGCCUUCCAGCACUUAAUAUUUUCAGCUUUUAAAACAGACUUAGAAGGAAAAGCUUACCAAAAAUAUAUUUGACGUUUAGCCUUUCCAAAAACCAUAAUCUUAUCCAUAGUAUUUACCUCAUAUUUGUGUCUGUUUUGCUGUGGGUAAGCUUUGUAAGAUAAAUAAUGUCUAUCCAUGUUUCAACUGUGUAAUGAGUAAUCAGCAAAAUCUGCCAAGGAGUCCCUCUGGAACCAUAUAAAGAUUCUGGCUCUGAAUAAACCAGAAGUGUUUGCCCACAUGGCAAAUGAUCCAUGUUAAAUGUAAAUCCUUUUUUAGUGUUUAACGUCUGUUCUCAUAAGCAGGUGUAUUAUGAUGAAACAUGUACCAAGUCUGUCAUCACUGUGAUCUUUAAAAAAAUCUGCAUUUAACAGCCUAAUUGAGAAACGAAGUUGAUUUUUUAUUUGCCAUAAACCUAGCAAAAUUAAAUGCAAUAAUUUCUGAGAUUUAUAGCAAAUGAAUUCGAGGUAUGGAUAAAUCUUUCAAAUAUUUUUUAUUGCUCUCCUGUAAAGAAAGGCACAAGAAAGAAAAUACCCAACUUUCUCGUGUUAUCUCAGUGUUGCUACUGCAGAGAAGUGACAAUGCUUGCUUGUGUAAAUUUAUGGCUUACUGUCAAAGCUUCAUUCUUGGCUGCAUGUUGAAAAUGUGAUUAAAGUUAAUAGAGGAGAUGAAAUAA